AAAAAGCCAUACAAAAUGAUGUACAGAGGCAGCCUGAAGAGAAACUACGUUAAGUUUCUAAGGCUCAGACUUCAUGAAGAGAAGGUCAUUAAAGAUCGAAGGCACCACCUCAAGACCUAUCCCAACUGUUUCGUUGCCAAAGAGCUGAUUGAUUGGCUGAUUGACCAUAAAGAGGCCUCUGACCGAGAGACAGCGAUUAAACUUGUGCAGAAAUUAUUGGAUCACAGCAUUAUCCAUCAUGUUUGUGAUGAGCAUAAAGAAUUCAAGGAUGCCAAACUCUUUUACCGCUUUAGAAAGGAUGAUGGGACGUUUCCGCUGGAUAACGAGGCAAAGGUGUUCAUGAGAGGACAGAGACUGUAUGAAAAGCUGAUGAGUUCGGAAAAUACUCUUUUGCAAGCCAGGGAAGAGGAAGGAGUCAAAUAUGAACGGACCUUCGUAGCGUCGGAGUUCAUUGACUGGCUGAUCCAAGAAGGAGAGGCCACCACAAGGACUGAAGCAGAGCAGCUCGGCCGCAGACUUCUGGAACACGGAAUUAUACAGCACGUGUCCAACAAACACCAUUUUAUGGACAGCAACUUGCUCUACCAAUGCAGAAUGAAUUUCCGGCGGCGGCGACGAUUAAUGGAGCUACUCACAGAGAAAUCUCGCUUGAUGCUGGAAAGCCAUGACAGCCCGUUUUGCCUACGCAAGCAGAACCAUGACAACAGAAAACACACCAGUUUUCUCUCAGUGAGUCCCACCAAGGAGAUAAAGAUCGUGUCGGCAGUGAGGAGGAGCAGCAUGAGUAGCUGUGGCAGCAGUGGGUACUUCAGCAGUAGCCCAACGCUCAGCAGCAGCCCCCCAGUACUGUGCAACCCCAAAUCCGUAUUAAAGAGACCAGUGACUGCUGAUGAGCUCCUGAUGCCUGGAGCCCCAUACGUAAGAAAAACUUUCACGAUUGUUGGCGAUGCCGUUGGCUGGGGCUUCGUGGUGCGGGGCAGCAAGCCCUGCCACAUCCAGGCCGUGGACCCCAGCGGGCCUGCAGCCGCAGCGGGAAUGAAGGUUUGCCAGUUUGUCGUUUCUGUCAAUGGCCUCAAUGUUCUCCACGUGGAUUACAGGACAGUGAGCAACCUCAUCCUGACCGGCCCUCGAACUAUAGUGAUGGAAGUGAUGGAAGAAGUAGAGUCCUGAAAAGAAAAAUCUCUUACCGGACAUUUAGUGCGAGAAACAGCAAAGAACACGAAGCAGCAUGACGCAAGGAGGCAAAAGUUUGCUGCGGCUAAAUAGCUGAUUUUGCUUUUGGGGAGGGGGGUUCUCUUUCAGUUAACAAUAAUAGCACUGGUUAUUAUGCUACGAAGUGGACGAUUGAUACCAGCAUAUUUUCACUUAGGACUUUUCUUUGCCUGCUGAAGACGAGGUUGAGGUCUUUCGGUUGUCUAUCCAGCCAUACCUGCUCCAGUCUGAAGGGUCUCCCAACUACGCAUCUGGGCGUCAUUUCCUCGCAGUCAGCCACUGGAUCAAACACUUCAGGAGAGGAAGGAAACAAAUGCGCUGGCUGGUGAGGAUGUUGCAGAGGGUUUGCAUGGCACAUUGAUGUUGGUGAACAUCCUCCAUGAACUUUUUGGAUGUCCGGUGUUGCCCCAGGGAACAUGUGCUGUUGCAGUUGCUUUCUCCUUGGGCUAAGCGAAAGUUGACUGAACGCAGCCUGUAUUGCGAUCAAAUACAAAUGACCUGUGAAUGCAUCUGCAUUUUAAAAACGUGCUCAUUUUUUGCAGAAGAUACUCUGAUAUGAAUGAUUGGGCCUGAUUGAUAGAAUACAGAGAUUAUCCUAGAAAGAAAAACUGCAAACCAUGCAAAUGUUGUAAAAGCAUGUGUUACUUUGCCUUUUUUCAAAAUUUGGCCUUGGAAAAUCAGGCCAUUGGUUUAGCUGCCUAAGCACAGAUUUAAGCACUCAAGUAUGAAAUGUUGGUAUGUUUUUCUUAUGUGUAAAGGACAGGUGUCUCAGUCUUGUUGCUUGUCGGUUUGGAGAGAUUCUGGACACCUCCUUUGGUCCUAGGAGAGUUAUCAUAUUUAGAGGGGUGAAGUGGGAAUUUCACAGCAUUAGCAUUAGCAAAGAUAUAUUCAGACGCUCCAGGAGAGAAAGUACACUUCAGAUUGAAGCAAUGUACUUGAAUGUACAUUAAACUUGUUAGCACUUUCAAAUCAUCAGAUGUUUUGCAAACUACAGACUUACCACAUAAGUUGCAAUUGACACUAUUACUAAUAAAAUGUUGUAUUUAACUGACUCUUACUCUUUUUUCAAACAGUAGGCUUUCUUUGUUGAUGAAUUUUUGAAACAAAUCUUUUUAAAUGUAUAUACAAAGUCUACAUUCUGCUGAGUUAGGUGAUUUCUCAGCUUCGUGGUAAUUCGACUGCAUGGGUUUUCUUUGAUCUUUAAACUGAAUACAUACAUCCUUGUCCACAAAAUUAUAAAUAUAUAUUGCAGACUUUCUCUGCUGUCUAAACUUUAAAAUUAAAGCUCGACCUUCUCCAUGAGCAUACCAAAAAUCCUUCAUUUUGGGGAGUGGGGAAAGUAUUUUUUCCCCUCAGAUAAUUUUGAAAUAUGUUUUGCAUUAAAAAUUGUUCUACUACAUUGCUCUUGCAGUAAGUUUUUCACUCACUCAGACAUUUUAACAUAUUCCAUCAGGGACAGAGUAAGACUUCAAAAUCAUAUGUUCUUGCAGUUCAGCAGGCAGAAGUCCAUAUAUCCUUUGUUUCUAAUAGCCAUGGUUGAUUUUCCACCAAGGAAACGUCUCCUGUUCCACUUACGUGUACCAGUGCAGAGAGGUGGAGAACUGGAACUGCUCUCUUGAUCCUAACCAGGCACAGAAGGGCUUGGAAGAGUCUUUUAAACUGUCAUUUAGUGCAACGAUUGUUUAUCUUUGUCGCACCCCCAAAAAUGUUUUUUAUAUAUAUUACCCAUGUCAGAUUAUAUUGUACAGUUCAUCUAAAAUAAACAGUUUAGCACAAAAUGUUAUAUGCGAUUGUAGCCACUGUCAAGGAAAUUCACUAAAAAAUCAGUAGGAAAAAAACCUUUUUGUCCCAGAAAUGUGUUAGUAUGCUACAGUUCUUAAGUUCUGUGAAUCCAGGAAUACUUCCCCAAAUACUUCCAGUCUCUCUUCUUGUUUGUGUGGGUUGUUUUAAUUGGUUGGUUGCUUUAUUCCUUGUUCCUCGUUCAAAUAUAAAUUCUAGGUGUUAGGCUAGGCGAAAUAUUAAAAUGUGAAGGAUUUUCUUAGCAAAAUGCUAAUGAUUCUGUGUUACACCACUGUGGAUUCUUCUGCCUUACAUCUCUUGCCUUAGUUAAUAUUCUGCUACAAGUUCCCUGUAGCUUACAGAUAAUUAAGAAACUGGGUCAGAAUUUAGCUUAAUAAUGCAUUACAGAGUGCACUUUAGACUUGAGUGAAAAGAGUGAGGUGGGGGGCAGGGAGAAAUCUGUGCAGAUCAUUAUAUUACAGAUUGCAUAUGGCAUUUUCCUUUGCAAGAUACAUUAGUCUUUAUCACAAUUUGAGCCCCAUUACUUGUCUGCUGUUUAACAGAGGUUUCCAUAUUGUGUUCUCAACUUGAUUUGCAGUCCAGACUGUAAUUAAUGCUUUCCCUCUACAGUAUGACAAAGUUAUUUAAGAUUAUCGGUGCAAUGAAACUGUGUAUUUUGUAAGAAAGGGUGCAUUAUGAAAUGUAUUGUUUCCAAUUAAAUUGCAAUUUGCCUGCCCACAGCGAUGCACACGCCAAGAGACAUCCCGCAGGAGUCAGUGUCAAACUCCCAUGCACUUCAGAGGGCACAGAAUUUUGGAUAUAACAGAGAACCUGGCUCUCUGCAAAGUACCGGGGAAAGGCAAGAUUAUCGAUGGAAGUGUGGAAUUUGAAGGCGUAAUCCGGAAUAUCACAGUGUGGACUGGAGCAAGUAACCAGAAAGAAAAAAGAUUGUCAUCAUCAGUAAUAGCUUCAUUAAAAAGAGACAUUUUUGAAGGCUUUCUCUCUCAUGUGAUCACAUUUUUGGUUAUUACAGGUCUUGUGAGAUCUUUUACUACAUUUUAAAGAUUUUAUAACAUAUGUUAGGUGCCACUCCUCUGAACCUGUAUGUUUGCAAGUCAUUUAUGGAGCAUCUUCAAGCAAUAUAGUAGUUAAAUAAAUUUAAGUAGCAGUUAAGCUAAUUGGA